AUGGAGAAACUGUUGAAAAGCGGCCCAGGAUUAGAAGACAUUCCGGAAUUGUUCCACUGCAUACAAACACGAUUGCCGAUAAAAGAAGCCGCCCGCACCAGCGUCUUGUCCAAGUCAUGGCUUCAUGCUUGGUCCACCAUCCCUACCCUCAGGUUUCGUGAAGCCUAUAUGUCUGUAGUUAACAAAGAACCAGAAAGAGAGCUGUUUAAGUUAGUCGAUCGCACUCUCGUAAGGUAUCUCCGUGACGACAUACCAGUCAAAAGUAUUGACGUUAUUAUCGACAUUGAGAACCAGGAGUCCGCCUCUUUUGCUGAAAAUUGGAUCCGGCCAAUGGCAAUCAAAAGUUGUCUUCAGGAGCUUUCCCUCGGAAUCCGGCGUAGCUACGCCACCCUUACGUUGCCAGAUGAGAUACUCUCGGGUAAAAACCUAAUUAAGAUGAGUGUUUCCAGUUCAAUGAUUGAUUCUGUUUGGAUGGCUAGUCAUCCUGUGAUCAACUGUUUGUCGCUUCGAGAACUGAAGUUGCAAGAUGUGCACAUAAGUGAACAGGUACUUAAUGACAUACUGUCUACUUGUAGCUUGCCUGUCAAGGUACAGCUUUUCUCUUGCACGGGUUUCGAGACUAUCAAGGUUAAGAACCUUCAUUGUCUUAGAGAAUUAGCAAUAGUUUCCGAAUAUGUAUUAGCAAUGAAUACUGUUUUGGAAAUCAAUACAUUCGCUCGUUUACGUUUAUAUCUAAGCCUCUUCCUUUCGACCUGGAUUCACUAG